AUGGAUGAUAAGGAGUUAAGGGAGAUUUCUCGGGAUCCAAGGUUUGCGGGUCGAUUGAAAAAGAAAACAAGGAAGGAAAAGGAGGCUCACAAGAGUUUGUUUGAAGGCAUAGAGGAAGAGGAGACGUUCAAGGACAAGCGUGGUAAACCAUGGUCUCGUAAACCUCUGAGAUAUGCCAAGCAACUUCUUGAAAAAGAGAAAGAAGAUGAAAGUGAGGGAGAAACUGAAGAAUACGAUGCUGAUGAAUCAGAUGAGUCAUCAAGUAGUGACUCUGAUUCGUAUGAAGAAGAUAAUGAAUUUGAUCCUGAGGAAAAGCUAAUUGACCUCCAAGAUGCCGACUGGUUUGAGCUGGUAAAGGAUGCUGAGCCUACCGAAGAAGAGACUAAACGACUUGCAGUUCUUCAUUUUGAUUGGGAUAAUUCAAAUGCCCAAACGAUUUUCUUGGCCCUUGAAUCUUUUCUUCCUCCUGGAUCCACUUUAGACAAAGUCACUAUUUACCCCUCUGAGUAUGGUAUGAAGAAGAUGGAGGAAGAAGAAAGACAUGGCCCAAAGGACAUUUGGGAAGGCAGCGAUGUUGAAAAAGAAGACCAGGAGGAUGAAGCAGAAGUCAACAGAAAUCCAUCUGAAAUGGACGCUGAUGAGAAGAAAGCUUGGUCUGCUACCUCAAUUAAAACGCGACGUCGCCUGCGUCAAUAUCAACUUCAGCGUCUUAAGUACUACUAUGCAAUCGCUGAAUUCGAUUCUAAGGAGACGGCAGCAGCUAUCUACCAAGCAUGCAACGAUGUGGAAUUCGCAGACACUGGUAUUCGCUUCGAUCUGCGUUUUGUUCCCGAUGAUAUGAAUUUCUCUGUACCGAAUGAAUGGGCGCAUGCAGUGAGCGAGUGUUGCGAGGUGAAUCGGGCUAAGUAUAAGCCCCGUACCGUGGAAAAUACUGCUUUACAUUCAACACGAAUUACUCUGAGUUGGGAUCAAACACCUACUGCUAGGACACAGUGGCUUCGUGAACAGUUUGCGGAGGAUGCUGACCCGAAAAAGCUCUUCUCUGAGGGCAAAGCUCAGGUCAGUCAGUUGAGUGAGUACGUGGCAUUAUCCUCGAGUGGUCAGAGCACAGCAGCACCUUCGGAUGUAGACGAACCGGGUCCUGCUCCCACAGUGCCUCGAAUCCACAAACACCGGCCUCGCAAAGUACCCCCAGAAGAACUCCGUGCCGCCCUUCUCUCUGCUCUCAAAACAAGGAGCGGGUCUGAAUCUGUGGAGGAUGAAGAAAAGAAGUCCGAUGCUGAAGGUGGGCAUGAAUCGAAUGAUACUGAAGACGAGGAAGUAGAAGAAGUAUAUGAUCUCGGUGAUUCAGAAGGUUCCAAAGGCGCAAAUGAUUCUUCCGAAGACGAGUCAUAUGACCUCACCACUACUGAUGACAACGCGAACAUGAAGAAGAGGUCCAAGAACUUGGCGCUUUCCAAUGCUCUCGCCAAAGGUGGACGCAAGAGAGUAUCGAAAAAGUAUCUUCCUGAGGCUAUUGAUGAGGAUUAUUCAGAUGAUGACGACGACUCCAGUCUCGACUUUGAUGACAUGGACAGGGCGUCGGAUGAUGGUACAGAGGGGUUCACUGGUCGUGGAAAAAAGAGGCGAUUUGUUGAAGAAGACAGCGAUAAUAAUGAGGAAUCGAAGGAAACAAAGAGAAAGAAGAAAAAACUUGCUAUGCGCAGGAAGGUGCAGUUGAAGAAACAAAAGCAGGAGAAAAAUCGGGAGAAAUUGAAGGAACUGUGGACGGGUGAGAAUGAGAACGAUUCUCGAUUUGAUACCUUCCUGACAGACCCAACCUUCGGCGUGAGCCAGAUGCACAAGGAGUACAAAGAAGCAGCGGAGUUCUUAAAUUUCAUGCGACGUCGUCGUGGACCGUUGUUGGCGUCAAAGAAGGGAGGUGAUCAGGAAAAGGCUGCUUCAUCAAACUCCCAAUGA